UCGGGUAACGAACAUUUUUAUUUAAUAGAAAGGAUAUUUCUCUUGAGAUAAAUCAAAACUAUUGUUCUAUCAUUUUGGUAUUCAUUGUACGACAAUUGAUGAAAUACUUACUCAAUUAUGUUCGGAUGCUUCCUUUUCAGAACCCUCGGCAGACGAUUGUUUUUCUGCCUCCGCAACUUUUGCGACGAGCUCUUUGUAGUGUUCAACGGAUCCAACCUCUGCAGUUGAGGUUGGUACUGUCUCUACUACCGGUUCUGGUGUUGGUGGUUUUCUGGCCUCUUCCUCCUCUUCCUGUUUCUUUUUCUUUUUUUUCUUCAACUUGUCACGAACUUUAUUGCCAAGUCUCGAAGUGGCCAUAACUUUGGCAACACGGUUGCUCUCUAACCAACGUGAGUUCCAAGAUUUUUCCUGAUCAUCUUCUGCCAUUUUUUGAUCAAGCAAUGUUUCAUCGCUGGAAUCAUGAAUUUCGACUAUAUCUGAAUCGUCAUCAUCUGGCAGCAUUUGUUUUUUCACCUGAUUAUUCUUUUCAACAUCACUCAUCGAAUCAUCCGAUUCACUUUCAACGUUGUCUUUGUCGUUUCCAGGCAUUAAUUCUACUGGAACAGUGUUUUCCGGCGCAUUUUCAAAAUUUUUCUUUUCUGCCUCGUUACAAUUUGCACUAGUUUCUGGUUCAGAAUCAGAAGUUUUAAUUUCGUAAUCUAAUUCUUCUUGAUCAAAUUUACUUCCAAUACUGUCGUCCAGUUGUUCGUGUUCACUUUGACUCUUGGAAGUGUUUAUAGAAUGUGUAUUUGACUUUCUAAGAGAUUUUUCUUCUUCUGAAAUUUCUCCUUCUUCAGGUUCUUCAUUUUCAACUGUGUCCUGUGGAACUGGUUUAUCUGUCACUCUAGUCAUUUCCUUUUCUAGUUCUUUCACAUUUUCAACAAAAAUAGACGGUUGUUUCUUUGAUGUUUCCUCGGACUCAGAUUCUGAAGAAAUACAUAAAGUCUCUGGACUUGGAAUCAGUGGUAUAACUUCAGGACUACUGUCUCUGCUUUUAGUUUCUUUUUGCUGUUCAUUUGUUGAUUUAGAGACCUCAGCUUGAGUCUUGGACAUCUUAUCUUUCGACUUGUUAGGUGAAGUGCGUUUAAAAUUUUCAGACGAUUUCGAUGAAUCUUGAUCAGCUUCGGUUUCCUCCUGUUGUUCUUCAUCACCAACCUGACGAAUACGAAAAUUUCUCUUAAGCCGAACACGUUUAGGUUGUUCCACAACUGUAGAUGAUGUAGACAUUUUUGCUUCAUUGCAACUAUUCUCUUUUUUCUUACGUGAUGGAGCUGCUUCGGAAUUUGAUUCAUUACCAGCUUCUUGAUCUGAAUCUAGUUCUAUUUUCGUUAUUGGUUCCAGAGCCAGUUGCGAGCGAAUUGCCCUUGCACGUGCCUGUAAUUCCAACAGCUCCAAAACCGUCAUCUCCUUUUCACCUGCAAAGAUCAAUAUCUCAGUAAGCUAGAAUUUUGACUUCAAUAUAUUAAAGACUCACUUUUUUUACCACCAUUUUUUGAAACUUUCUCGUUUGAAGCUGUAUCUGGAAGAAAAGGUAAAUUAAUAUCUCCAAAAAACACCAUGACAUACGUAUCAGAAAAAUCAUUUAUGUGGCAGAAGAUAGCAGUGGAAAUAGAGCUAUCAGAUUCCCAAGAAGAAAUUAUACAAAGCAUCAGAAAUGGGGCAAACAUUUUAUACAUCAGAUUCGGAAGGCACAAUUUACAAGAAAAUCUUACUUUACUACACUUGGCGAAGCAAGCUCUUUUGGAAUACUCUUUUGAGAUAAGUCCUUUUAAGCCGGUGAUUGGCAUUGCCUGUGAGUUGUCAGGAAAAUGGUCAAGAUUAAAAUGUCACAGACACCAACGACCAAUUCAGUUGCAACUCAACCAAAGGAUUUUGUUAACAUGUGACAAAGCGUACGAAGAUAAACAAGCAGAUAAUGUGAUGUUUGUAACUAAUCUGGACCAAAGAAUGAAACAAUUGAAAACGGGAGAUUUAAUCACUAUAUCACAAAUUACUUUGAAAAUAUGCAAACUAAAAGGAAAAUUCAUAUCUUGUUUUGUGAAGCAUCUUCCAGAUAACGGUAUCGAUUUCCAGGUCACAAACUACGAACGAGUUAAUUUCUAUGGAACCAACAGUUGCGAUGUUAAUGACAUUGACCUGAUUGAAUGCAAUCUUUUAUUGGAAAAUAACAUCGAAUAUAUUGUUGUACCGGAUAUCGACAAUGAACAAUACGUGUUAUCAAUAAUUGAAAUGAUCAAUGGUAGUGAACAAAGUUCGGAAAUAUCCCCGAUAAUUUUGGGAUCUCUUUCUCCAGCGGCUGAUGACAAAACUGUAGAAAAUCUAACGGCGCUCAUCAAUGGCAUUGUCACAGAUAGGGAAAAUAUUGUUGAUUUAUACCGGAAGGCAUGUAAGGUUAUAAUUUUCAAUAUAACGGAUUUCGAGAAAUUUGCAGAAAACAUUCUACACACAGUUGAUGUAUAUUUGACCAAGUCAAGCUUACAAAAUUCUUUAAAAACCAAACUGAAAACAUUUAAUCAAGCUUCUAUAUCAACAUUCAAAACUGGUAACAAGUUGAAUGCAACAUGUACAGCAAUUAGCAAAUGUAUUGAAUAUACUAGCAUUAGCAUAAAGGCUAAUGCAAUAAUUUUAUACAUAACUAAAAGUAAUUGUGAAGCGGAAUGGUUAUCACGAAAACCUUUGCCAUGCCCAGUUCUAAUUGCAACUAGUGAUAGACGUAUUAUUCAAACCCUUUUAUUACGAAAAUACUGCUUUCCUAUUCAUCUCCCUGGAACUAUCCUGUCACACCGGAUGAUUAUCAAAUACGUUACAAUUUACGGAAGAAAAUUCGGAUAUUUGUGUCCCGGAAACAUUACCAUCACUGGUUUUGGAGAAAAAGAUAUACAAGGUGUGGAGCUACGUUACGUCCCGGAUGAUUUCAUUACCCUUUGCCAAUAAAUUCAAUGCCUUUGAAAUACAUACCAGAUA